ACGGCUUUUGAUUUUUCGUCCGUUCCACACAUCUUCCGCUUCUGCUGCUGCUGCUUCUUCUUCGCUUAACAUCGAAAUUACAAAUAAAAAACAGAGAGAAAGAGAGAGAUAUGGCGAGAAGGCCGGACGAGGAAUACGAUUACUUGUUCAAAGUGGUAUUAAUCGGCGAUUCUGGCGUAGGGAAAUCCAACCUCCUUUCCCGAUUCACUCGCAACGAGUUCUGUUUGGAGUCCAAGUCCACCAUUGGCGUCGAAUUUGCCACCCGGACUCUCCAGGUCGAGGGGAGAACUGUGAAAGCUCAGAUAUGGGACACAGCAGGACAGGAGCGAUAUAGAGCAAUCACUAGUGCCUACUAUAGAGGGGCCCUUGGAGCUUUACUUGUCUAUGAUGUAACAAAACCAACAACAUUUGAGAACGUAAGCAGGUGGCUGAAGGAAUUAAGAGACCAUGCUGACUCAAACAUCGUGAUCAUGAUGAUUGGGAACAAAACUGAUCUGAAGCAUCUACGUGCGGUUGCCACAGAAGAUGCCCAGGGCUAUGCCGAAAAAGAAGGCCUUUCAUUCAUUGAAACAUCUGCUCUUGAAGCAAUCAACGUUGAGAAGGCUUUCCAGACAAUUCUGGCAGAGAUAUACCGUAUUAUUAGUAAGAAGUCUAUCUCAUCAGGCGAGCCAACACCUGCAAGCAUCAAAGAAGGGAAGACAAUUGCAGUCACCGGAGAUUCAGAGGUCAAUACAAAGAAGGCUUGCUGUUCUUCAACCUGAGGUUGAUUAAAUUGAGUUUUUCCGGUAUUUGUUCUCUUCCUCAUUUCGUAUUCGUCUCUGUCGUGGGUUAUUAUUGCUUUCAACUUAUUCUUGUUGCUUAGUCGUUUGUCAAACUAUAAUUUAUUUUUCCCGUUGCCCGGGUUUUUUCUGUAAGGGGUAUAUCUAUGAGGUAUAUAACAGUGAUGAUUAGAUGGAUGAAACACCUAAGUAAGAUUAAGCCUCACGAGGUUUGGAUUGUAUUUGUAGAAAUACUUAAACAGGUCAGAGCCAAAAUUAUUACUUUUCACC